AUGAAAUUCAUCACCAUUCCAUAUCAACCCGAUACAGACCUUGUGAGUUUAGGUGAAUGUGUGAGCCAGCCACGACCUCAUUUGCCGACGUUUUCACGGACCGAUGAUGAUGACCUGCUAAAACCUGAAGAUAUACCGCUGAACAGACGGAACUUCAUAUACACGCCGUGCUCUCCAAAUCCGCUUUUUAGCACUCUCAAAUACGCCACGAGCGAGUAUCCCUUCGAUGUUGCAGGCUUCAAUUACAUGGACAGAGCGGACGACAUGGGCGUGCUGGGACACUCGAACAAUGCGGUAAAAGUUCCGAAACCGCUGGGCUGGCGAACUGCCAGAUGUGAUGCAUGCAUAAAAGAAGGAACAGUGUACUGGGAAGUUGAGGUAUUGUCAGACGGCGACCUGGAUCUAAGCUCUGAUGGCGCUCUCAAAUCCAUGAAGGACAAGGUAAGCAGCAUGCCACACAUACGCCUCGGCAUUUCGCGACGCGAAGCGUCUCUAGAGUGUCCCGUUGGGUUCGAUUUGUAUGGAUACGGUAUUCGAAACUUCAGCUUGGAGUCAAUCCACGACGGAAAAAUGACUCAGGCACUGCCUGCGGGCCAAAUAAGAGCAGGUGAUCGAUUGGGCUUCGUGUUACGUUUACCCUCGACCGAGAUCCAAAUUUCACAAGCCAAAAGCUUUUCCGCCGUCAAAAUUGCAGCGCUUUCAUCAAGUUCCGAGAACUCCACAGACGGACCUGUGAAAAAGAGAGCCAAGAAACUCAGUCGCGAAUUCCAGAAGGAACUGUUGCGCGACCAAGAUUUUUCGAAUGUGAUACGCGAUCAAAUUGCGAUCCGAUAUAAAAAUCAGCUUUUCUUCGAAGCCACGGAUUACGUCAAGACAACGAAGCCCGAAUACCACACGUCGGACAAGAGGGAACGUCAAGAUUUCUAUUCUUUAGAAAAUUCCCACCUCAAAAUUUAUCUGAAUGGCAAGGAACUUGGAGUAGCUUUCGAGCAAUUAAAGCCAUUUCUGCCACCCUUCAGUGAGCUCAAAUACAAUGAGAAGCUUUAUUUCAAUUACUGGAGAAACGAAGCGGGCGGCAGUGCAGAGACAGACGACCUCAAGACCGGACCUGAAUCGCGUCGCCCGCGUAAUAUUCUAAGAAACAAAUACGUGAACAAUAGCAGGUUAGGAUAUUACCCGACAGUGAGCUGUUUCAACGGCGGCAGCGCGAAGCUGCUCACCGCAGCCAGUGAUUUUAAGUACUGGAAGUCCGUUCGAUCAACAGAGCCGGAAAUCAAAACAAUCAAUGAAGUACACCAGGAGCAAAUAGCCGAUGACAUUGUGUGGGAUAUCGUGGAUGAAGUAGAGGCUGAGAUGUUGAGCGAUACCUAA